AUGGCCCCGCCUAACGGAAAUCUCGCCCAGAAAGAAGCAGGCGGCCACACAGACCUGGAGGCUAACUCCGAGGGUGGAAGACAUUUGAUGAACGAUCUAGUGGCCAACUUCUCAUGGUAUGACUUGACCGUCACCGCCAAAGAUCGCAGGAGUAAGAAGGCAUCGGAAUCCACGGGCCGCGCUGCCGACAUCGAUAAGAUCCAGCUUCAAAGACCCGGCAUGUGGCAAGUCUUCUUCGUGCUUCUCCAACGCGCUUGGGUCAAGGCGAUCCGGGAUGCCAUGGCGUAUGGCAUUCGGAUCGUCAUGUAUUUCGGCCUCGCCAUCUUGAUGGGGACCGUCUUCUUCCGCUUUGGUGACAACCAAAAGUACAUUCAACCAUUCACAAAUGCUUUGUUCUUCGGAGGAGCGUUCAUGUCCUUUAUGGCCGUCGCUUACGUUCCUGCUUUCCUGGAGGACCGCGCUACAUUCAUCGCCGAACGAGCAAAUGGACUAGUGGAUGGCUUUCUUUUUACAACCGCCAACUUUGUCAUUUGA